AUGGCGCCAGCAAAGGGCCCGAACAGGCCAGGAAGUCCAGCCCCGUCCAUCGCUUGGUUCAAUCUCGAGGGCAGUCCACGGGGGCUCAAAGAGCCGCAUGCAGCCUGCGAGGCGUUGGGAUAG